CAUUCAAGCCAGAUGGGGAGGCAGGGACAGCUCUGAUCCCUCCCCAACCCGGGUGGAGAUUUCCAGCCCAGCUGUCACAGCUCUAAGACACAGGGACCAAGAGAGAAGCCAGGAGAGGCAGGAAGAGGUGGCAAAGGAGUGCUAGAGAAGAUAAGGAGGCUGAGCGCCAACAGGGAGCAGGGAGGAGGGGCAUCUUGAGACUGGUGCCCUGCGAGCUCCACCCCACCCCUCCAUGCAGUUCCCCAUGGGCCCUGCCUGCAUCUUUUUGAGGAAAGGCAUCGCUGAGAAACAGCGGGAAAGACCACUGGGACAAGAUGAGAUCGAAGAGCUGCGGGAAGCAUUUCUUGAGUUCGACAAGGACCGAGAUGGGUUCAUCUCUUGUAAGGACCUGGGGAAUCUCAUGAGGACGAUGGGUUACAUGCCCACGGAGAUGGAACUGAUUGAACUCGGCCAGCAAAUCCGCAUGAACUUGGGUGGCCGUGUAGACUUUGAUGACUUUGUGGAGCUGAUGACCCCCAAAUUGCUUGCAGAAACAGCUGGGAUGAUUGGUGUCCAGGAGAUGCGGGAUGCCUUCAAGGAGUUUGACACGAACGGAGAUGGGGAGAUCACCCUGGCAGAGCUGCAGCAGGCCAUGCAAAGACUCCUGGGGGAGCGGCUCACCCCCCGGGAGAUCUCUGAGGUUGUCCGGGAGGCUGAUGUUAAUGGAGACGGCACCGUUGACUUUGAAGAGUUUGUGAAGAUGAUGUCUCGCUGAGGAAGUGCUGGAAGCCCCAGACCCUCACCACCUGCUCAACAUGGAGCAAGAGAUUGUGGAGAACCAAAGCCCCAAAGCCCCCUAAAGCAGAGAGGGAGGGCGGCGGGGAGGGAGGGGAUUGGCGUGCAGCGGUAUGCAGGAGGUGAGGCCGAGAGCGGCAGCUUUGCCAGGAUGGGGGCAUCUGCAGAGCUAGAUUAAGAAGGAAGAGUCUCCGGAAGGAAGUGGGAAGCACGGGAGGGUCCAGCGGCCACUCCAGACAUUCCAGUGAUCCCUGAGUCGUUUCACUUCAUGUCCCUCCAAGUCCCUGUGACCUGCCAGAGUCUCUUCCCCAGCUUCCCCUUGGCCUAAACUAGUCUUUUCUCCUGUUGGAUAGCAAAAGGUUCAGCACAUAGUCUCUGCUCUUCCCCUGCCUGCUUCAACUGUUGCAAAGCUCCUGUUUCUCUCUCCUGGUAAGAGAGAGACAAAUUAUACAUUAUUCAGGUGAUGGUUACACUAACAGUCCAGACUUCACCGUGUAACAAAACUGCACUUGUACUCCCUAAAUCUAUAAAAAUA